AUGAAGCUCCCCUGCCUGAUCCUUGCAGCUCUCCUUGUCCUGCUGCUGUCCAGCUGCGGUGCCACCGCCAAGGCCAUUGACCUGCGCACGUUCGUGGGCUGUGCCGUGAGGGAAUUCACCUUCCUGGCCAGGAAACCCGGCUGCCGUGGGCUCAGGGUCACCACGGACGCCUGCUGGGGACGCUGUGAGACCUGGGAGAAACCGAUCCUGGAGCCGCCUUACAUCGAGUCCCACCACCGGAUCUGCACCUACAACGAGACCAGGAUGGUGACGGUGAGGCUGCCCAGGUGUGCCCCUGACGUGGACCCCUUCUACACCUACCCGGUGGCCAUCCGCUGUGACUGUGACAUCUGCUCCACGGCCACCACCGAGUGUGAGACUUACUGA